AUGUCUCGAAUUCGCUCAGAGAGACGUCGUAUAGUACUAGGUAUUCUAUUCGUGAUCUUUCUUUCACAAAUUGUCUUAUAUGCUAUAUUACCCGAGAACAAUAAAACAACACCUAAAACAAUUAUGAAUAACGAGUCAUGUGUAACUCCAUAUUGUUUUAAAGCAGCAAAGUAUUUAAUUGAAGGCAUUGAUGAAACAGUUGAUCCAUGUGAAGAUUUUUAUCAAUUUGUUUGUGCAAAAUUGAUUAAAAAUAAUCGAACACCUCAUGAUUCAACUACACUCGAUUUACUGCAGACAAAAUUAGAUGAUAAUAUAGUUGAUAUAUUAACAUUAUCAUCAACUAAUGAUACAAACGAGCCAAAAGCAAUAAUCAAUGCUCGUAAUUUAUAUCAUUCAUGUAUAAAUGAACAGCAUAUCGAAGAUGAAGGUAUUGAUCCAAUACUUUCAUUGAUUAAUAAUGAAUUUGGUGGUUGGCCUAUUAUACAAAGAUCAUGGGAUAAUUCAACUUUUGAUUUAUUAAAUCUUUUAUUUAAAUUACAAAAAUAUAGUAAUAAUAAUAUUAUAUUUAGUAUUGGUACAUCAAUUAAUGAUAAGAAUUCGACAGAAUAUAUUCUUAAAAUUAGUGCAGGUGAUCUUGGUUUAGGUCAACGAGAAGAUUAUAUGAAUGAAUCAAAAAUUAUUGUGGCUUAUCAACGAUAUAUGUUUGAUUUAGCAUCAUUAUUAUCAAAUGAUACAUACACAAUCAAACAAGAUGUGAAUGAUAUGUAUAAAUUAGAAAAAGAACUUGCAAAAUGUUAUCGGACAACUGGUGAACAACAACAACGAUCAAAUGCAAGAAUUCGUACAACUGUUGGAAAACUACGACACCAAUUACAUAGAAGUUUUGACUUCACCGAUUAUUUAACUUCAGCUUAUGCAUCAGCUAAUGUAACUCUCAUGGAUAGUGAUAUUGUUAUUAUAGAAGAUAUCGAUUAUUUAUAUGGUGUUUCAUCAAUUAUUGAACAAGUGUCACCACGUAUAUUACAAAAUUAUGCUAUAUGGCGUUUUAUGAUGCAUAUAAUUGACAAGUUACCGAAACGAUUUCAAAACAUUAAAGACAAUUUUGACCACGUAUUCCGUGAAACUACUACUGAACAAGCACGUCCAGUUAUUUGUGGAAGUUUUGUAAAUGAUAUUAUGGGAUUUGCUGUGUCAAAACUUUAUAUAACAAAAUAUUUUGAUGAUAAUGCUCGAAAUCAAACAUUUGAAAUGAUUGCUAAUAUUCGAAAAGCAUUUAUUGAUAUGCUUGAAGAUUCAACAUGGAUGGAUACUAUGUCAAAAACUAAAGCCAUAGAAAAAGCUUUAGUUAUUGACGAACAAAUUGGAUAUCCAGACUAUUUAGCUAGUGAUAAUGUUACAGAGUUAGAAAUACAAUAUGCUGAUUAUGUCUUCAAUUCAUCUCUUAUUAAUAAUUAUUUAAAACUACUUCAAAUAAAAGCCAAAGAAGAAUUUCAACUUCUUCGAAAACAUGUUGAUCGUAAAGCAUGGGGUUCUUUGAUACCGACUGAGGUUAAUGCUUUCUAUUCAGUAUUUAAAAAUCAAAUUACUAUUCUGACUGGUAUUUUACAAAAGCCUUUUUUUGAUAGAGAUGCACCAAAAUAUUUGAAUUAUGGUAGUAUUGGAGCUGUUAUUGGACAUGAAAUAACUCAUGGAUUUGAUGAUAGUGGUCGUCAAUAUGAUAAAGAUGGAAAUAAAAUUCCAUGGUGGAGAGAAGAAACAAUAGCAAAAUUUAUUGGGCGUAAAGCAUGUAUUGUUGAUCAAUAUAGUAAUUUCACUGUACCAAAUCUUAAUAUCAACGCAAAUGGAGAUAAGACACAAAAUGAAGAUAUUGCCGAUAAUAUUGGAUUACGUGUCGCUUUUUACGCUUAUCAAAAAUCCAUACAAGCUAAUCCAAAUGCUGACAAAAGACUUCCAGGUCUCUCAAAAUAUUCACCAACACAAAUGUUUUUCAUUAAUUAUGCACAUACACAGUGUGCAAAAAUGACCGAUGCAUAUGCACGUGAUGGUGUUGAAUCCGAUGUUCAUUCAUUAGGACAAUUCAGAGUCAAUGGUCCUACAUCAAAUUUUGUUGAAUUUGAUCGAGCAUUCAAUUGUAAACCAGGUCAAGGAAAUAGUCGAGUAAAUAAAUGUACUGUAUGGUAA